AUGCACGAUACAGUGGCGGAGCCACACACGGCGCUACGCGAACACUGUUAUUAUUGCUUUGAGGUGAUCCAGUCCGCAUUGAGGGAUAGGGAUGACCUACCCGCCCCGUCGUUCCCUCGGACAGAGACAAAAGUCCCGCUCUUUGUCUCUUGGAACAUACUGCCCGUAGACGCACAUUCGCAUGCACAUACCGAGCCAGCCUUGCGCGGGUGUAUUGGCACGUUUGAGCCGCAGGAUGUCGUUGCAGGCCUGCAGUACUUUGCGUACCAAUCAGCGUUUGAGGAUCAUCGAUUUUCGCCGAUGACCGAGUCGGAACUACCGCGUCUGCACUGCUCCGUGAGCUUGUUAUCCCCGUUCGAGCCUUGCGCAGACUACUCGGACUGGGAGCUUGGGACGCACGGGGUAUACCUGUUGAUGCGUGAUCCGGCAGGUGCUUCGUGUGACGCUUCAGCGCCGACAUUGCCAGUGUACAAAACCGCCGGGCAGCGUGCGUACCCAGACAUCUUCACCGUCACCUUUCUCCCAGAAGUCGCUUUGGAUCAUGGAUGGACGAAGCGCGAGACGAUCGAUAGAGCAAUCCGCAAGGCGGGGUGGCACGGCAACAUUACCGAAAAAAUGCGUAUGUCGCUGCGUGUGUAUCGAUACACUAGCCGGAAGGCGACGGUGACGUGGGACGAAUAUGAUACGUGGGCAAGACGGAAACAAGAUCCUGUUACACAGAAUAUCCGCGGCGCAGAGACGCCACAAUAG